AUGGCGUCGCAUCCGGAGUACAAUGAAUACACAACGGCGACAGAGGUCGCAAGGGCAUUCAGUAACGUAGUCCGGGAUAAGACAGUCGUUAUUGUAGGGGUAUCACCUCAAAGUCUAGGCGAAUCAAUGACUACUGCCCUGGCCGCUCAUUCGCCUUCGCUCCUAGUAUUGGCUUCUCGAACGAAGGCAAAGAUAGAGCAAGUAGCUGCCAAAGUCAAGGACGAUCAUCCGAAGGUGCGGCUCGCAAUUGUUGAGGUCGACUUGUCAUCUCUCGAUUCCAUUCGCAAAGCUUCCAAGGUUAUCAACGAUCUGGUAGAUCGAAUCGACAUACUCAUCAACAAUGCAGCUGUUGUGAUGACAAAGCAUGCGUUCACGAGGGAAGGCCUGGAACUUCAGUUCGGGACGAACCACAUUGGCCCAUUCCUCCUUACAAAUCUCCUUAUGCCCAAGCUUCUCAGAGCGGCACAAAGCUCGGCGAAGGGGUCGACAAGGGUCAUCAAUGUGACGAGCCAGGGUCAUAUGAUAUCUCCAAUACGAUUCAGCGAUCACAGUUUCCAUAAACGACCUGAAGACAUUCCGGCCGAGGAGCGGCCAAUGUCAAGGCCAGGUAUGUCUUUUGAUCCGCCUCCAGGUGAGACGUAUGUUCCUUUCGUGGCGUACGGGCAAUCAAAGACUGCAAACAUCCUCAUGUCACUCUAUCUCAAUCAGCAUCUGUCAAGUAUGGGGGUGCAAUCGAUUGCGACGCACCCAGGGUCUAUCUGGACGGAUCUUUCCCGAAAUCUGGACGAGAAGCACUUGUCGUUGAUCGAGAAGACCGGUGGGUUUUGGAAGGAUCUUGAUCAGGGUAGCGCAACAACCCUGGUCGCCGCGCUUGAUCCCAACCUUGUGGACCCGGAGAUCAUCUAUCUAAGCGACUGCCAGGUUGCAGAGCCUGCAGGGUGGGCAAGUGACGGGAGGGCGGCUGCGCGACUUUGGAAACUCAGUGAAGACAUUGUUGGACAGAAGUUUGAUCUAGCUGCAGAAAGCCGACUAUGA